CUACUUUGGUCAAAAAGCCCUGUGAAACCUUGUGCUUCACAUAAUCGUUUCGUGAGCCAAUUUGUGACGAAGCAAAACGAUGGCGUUCUGUCGCACGGAUCGGUGUCAUUGAUAAGGAGCAGGAAGGAGAUGGAGGACACGAUGAGCGUGGAGAUAGGGUUUGUGGCGAAGGAGAGAGGGAAGUGCGACGUCUUCACGGUGUACGACGGCCACGACGGGGCUCAGGUGGCGGAGGCGUGUUGGGAGCGGUUGCACCGGCUGGUGGUGGAGGAGGUGGAGAGGAGUGGGGGUCAUAUGGAAUUGGACUGGGAGGGAGUUAUGCAAAGGGUGUUUUCGUAAAAUGGACAGCUAGGUCGCAGGAAAUGCGGCAUUUAGGACGGUGGGUUCCAUGGUGGUUGUCGUUGUCGUCACGACGGCAGAGAUUGCCGUCACUAAUUGCGGUGAUUGCAGGGCUGUGAUGGGAAGAGGAGGCGAGGCCGUCUACUGAUCAUAAGGAAAACAUUGGGGUUUUUAUGGAAUAAAAUGGGAAGCUUCUUCCCGAAGGUAGGAUUUGUUGGUCAGAGGCUCCUUUGGAAGUUGUAAUUCAGAAGCCGUAUGCUAUGGUUUUGCUACCUAGAUUUGUGGAGAUUCGGUCUCUUCAAGCUCCUUAUCCACUGAUACAGACAGUUGUUCUUCAAAAUGUUCGCCAUCUUUCCCAUAGCAAUAAUUCCGUGAUACUUGCUUUGGAUAAUUUCAUUCAUGGCCUUUUUCCUGUGCCCCUUAGAGUCCAGAUAGUCCAAUUAACGGCUUCUGACAACUUUGAAGAGACCUUGUCAUUGUGCAAGCUUCUUCCACCUGAUGAUUCAAGUCUCCGUGCUACAAAGGAGGGGUCAAUUCAUAUAAGGUUAUAUGCUAUUUUGAUAUUCUUCCUUUUGAAAAUACAAACUAGACAUUAUUGCCCCUAUUAAGUUGAAAUCCUUUGAUUUUAAGUUCAUCUUAAUUUUGAGCUGUGAGCACUGUUUAGCUGGCAGUUAGAGCUUGUAUUUAUUCUAAAGUCUCACAUAUUUAUUGCUGAAUGGCUUGAAACUUGUAGGAUUCGGGGUAGUUAUGAUUGAAAUAAAUCAGCACCCAAAUUUGAGGUCUGGACUAAUUGAUGACUUGUAAUUUGUAUCAAGCAUGAUUAUUCUAGGAAAUACAAU